GCACCCUCCCCUCCCGCGCCGCCGCCCUCUUCCACUUCCUCCGUCUCUCUCCUCUGCACCCUCGCAUGUUCGCACACAGUGUUGUCAACAAAGCUGGAGAACAAGAGGACGCGGGGGGAUCAGGGUCAUCAAGGUAUACGUGGGACGCCUCUCGCCUUGACACUCAUUGAGGACGAGUCGGAGGAUCGAAGGGACGGCGCCAGGAGCCCAAAGUGACAGUAAACAGGGGGCGAGCACGCACACACGGCAGGACCGCUGCUUUGCUCUCCAUGGUGGUCGGGACACUUGUAGUAUGUAUGAGAAGUUAACCAUGCUCAACCUGCAGAGUGGCUCGAACUGGAGCGGGCCUAACAACUGGUACCAUGACCCCACCGGUGUACAGACUCAACACAGCACAGUGUCCGAGGGCUGCCUGCUGGAUACGGAAGGCGGCAUGGGAGGUGAGGUGGUAGGUGCCGGAGGAGGAGGAGGAGGCCCGGGCCGAGGGGGAGGCGUGCCCGUGGAGAGGGACGAGGGCGAGGAGUCGCAACUGAGGCUGCAGCUCAAGCGGAAGCUGCAGAGGAACCGCACCAGCUUCACGCAGGAGCAGAUCGAGGCGCUGGAGAAAGAGUUUGAAAGGACACAUUACCCAGAUGUCUUUGCAAGGGAGCGACUGGCCAAUAAGAUUGAUCUACCUGAAGCCAGGAUACAGGUGUGGUUUUCCAACCGGAGAGCCAAGUGGAGGCGGGAGGAGAAGCUGCGCAACCAAAGGAGGUCAGGAGGUGUUACCUCCUGUUCUCAGAGCCAAGCCCCCCUAACCACCUCCUUCAACACAUCCGUCUAUCAUCAGCAGCACGGCAGCAGUUCAGGGUCCAUGUUGAGUCAGGCUGAGUCGUCGCUGCCCAGCUACAGCUCGCUGUCAGUUUUCUCAUCUGGAGUCCAGUCCAUCCCUCCCCAAUCGGCCUCCUCCUACUCCUGCAUGUUGCCUCCAUCUCCAUCUGCCCCGCGCAGCUUUGACUCAUCAGCAUACUCCUCCCCUCACCUGCAGACUCCACCCUCAGCCAACUCCAACACCGGCCUCAUAUCACCCGGCGUCUCGGUGCCGGUCCAGGUCCCGGGAACUGAGCAGCAGGGCAUGAGCCAGAACCUGGGCCAGUACUGGGCCAGGUUACAGUCCAUUGCCAUGGAUCUACAGUGGAUGGUUCUGACUUUGGCCGCGUGUGCAUCAGCUGCGCCUGAGCAGUACAGCAGAGCAGUGGAUUGGUUGAGCAGGUAUGGCUACCUUCCUCCUCCCGACCCGCGGACUAGUAAGCUACAGACCAAGGAGGGCAUCGAGAAGGCCAUUCGCGUCAUGCAGAGAUUUGGUGGCGUGAGGGAAACCGGCGUGCUGGAUGGCGAAACUCUGCGCCUCAUGUCCACACCGCGAUGCUCUCUACCUGAUAUAGUCGGAAGCGAGGACAUGUUGAAGAAAAGGAGGAGGAGGAGGAGAAGAUAUGCGCUGUCAGGACUUAAGUGGCACAAGAGUGACCUCACAUGGAGCGUCCACAGCUACCCAUCGCCCGCCCUCUCCCCCGGCCUGCCUUCCCACUUGGUGGACAGCAUCCUGACCCACGCCUUCAAAGCCUGGGGUGACGCCGCUCCCUUGACGUUCCACCGCUUGGGCGAAGAAACCGGCGGGGACAUUAAAGUGUCAUUCAAAAGCUUGCUUCACGAAGACGGGUACCCCUUCGACGGGGAGGGGGGCACCCUGGCCCACGCUUUCUUCCCGGGCUCGGCCGACAUUUCCGGUGACACACACUUUGACGACCAUGAGAGGUGGAGCUACGGAGGAGACGCCAGCGGCACGACGGAUUUGUUCACUGUGGCGGUGCACGAGUUUGGCCACGCGCUCGGCCUGUCCCAUUCCUCCUCCGACCCGUCCAUUAUGAGGCCCUAUUACCAGGGUCCCGUGGGAGACAUCCGCCUCUUCCAGCUGACCCUGGAUGACAAACUGGCCAUUCAGCAGCUUUAUGGCACCAAGAACGGUGAGCGGCCGGGCAGUGUCGAUCCCAAUCUCCCGCGUCUGCCCAGUCCACCUCCGCCCAGACCAACACGGCCGUCUGAUCCGACUAUUCCUUUCCGCUGCAAUGGGGGAUUUGAUGCGGUGGCCAACAUCCGAGGAGAAGUUUUCUUCUUUAAAGGUGCGUUUUUUUGGAGGACCAAAAGAGAUGGAUCUCUGGUGUCCCUAAAUCCGGCUCAGAUCAAAAACUUCUGGAUGGGCCUUCCAGCAGGCGUUAACAAGAUUGACGCUGUGUAUGAAAGGAAGAGCGACAGCAGUAUCAUCUUCUUCAUUGGGUCUCAGUACUGGGUUUUCAAGGACACAGUGGCCAAGAGCGGAUAUCCACGGCCCCUUUCCGAAUGGCGGAUGACGAGGAAGAACGGUGCUCUGGUCGACAGGGUGGACGCCGCCUUCAUCUGGGCUCAUAAUGGCAAAACCUAUUUGUUCAGCGAAGGAGAGUUUUGGAGGUUUGACGAGAGCCACAAAGGCCAGCAGGUGACCAGACAGCCGGAACCGGGCUAUCCACGUGAUAACAGCCUCUGGACUGGAGUGCCCUCCCGCAUGGAUGACAUCAUCAGCUGGGGCGAAGGUGACGCCUAUUUCUUCAAGGACAACCAUUACUGGGUAAUUAAGAGUGGAGGACUGGACCAAGACGUCGUGACCCCAAAAUCUAUCGCCGUAGAUUGGCUCCGAUGUUCUGCUCCUACGGCCAAUCCCAAAGACCCGAAGACAUGCAGCUGCAACCUUACGGACUCGUCUUCCUCACAUAGAUGCAGCUUCCUCUUGGUUUCUCUUUUGUUGGUAAUCAAGGAGUUUGUUCAUAAAAUACAAAGUUGAGUUUGGA